UAAACUGGUCAAGAGCGUUGUUUUAUCAGCACAAUGCAAAAUGGCGUUCAGCAAGGACAUUCUACAAUAUGCUCCUGACAAGAAUCAAAAUAAACCAAAAGUGUUCGAAUCGCGGCCAGCUACCCCAGGCCUUCUCAUUUGCAGCGCCAACCUUUUGUCAACUUUCACAAUGAGCACUGCAGUUUGGUCCAUAGCACCAGAGCCUCCGAGCAAAACUAUUCUUUGGAUGAGCGCUGCAAUUUGGUCUAAAGCAUCGGAACUUGUGAGCAACAAUGCAAUACUUGAAACAGCCCAAAAUCUUGCGCUGUUAAUUAAAUCAAAGGAAAUUGCAUUUGCAAUAUUUAUACCUGCGGCCUGCAUCUUCGCUAUUACAGCUAUUACAGCAAGUAAUAGUUUUAUUUGGAGCAUGUGUCUCUUAGGACAAAUAUUUUGGCUCUUUACAGGUGUAACAGCAAGAGAAUAUUGUCUCAUUUGUCUACCCUGGACACUUACUAUUGGCAUAAUUAUGGACGUCAUAAGGUUAUAUUUGUCUGGAAAAUAUGCGCUUUAUAUGGUUCCCUCGCCCAUUGGAAAAGAUCUCUUUAUUUGCAGCGCCAACCUUUUGUCAACUUUUACAAUGAGCGCUGUAGUUUGGUCCACGACGCCAGAGCCCCCGAGUAAAACUAUUCUUUGGAUCGUCCAAAAUGCUCAAAAUCUUACAGUAUUAUCGAACCCGACGCAGUCCGCGCUUAUAUUAUUUAUACCUGCGGCAUGUGUCUUCGCUAUUACGGCUAUUACAGCGAGUAAUAGCUUUGUUUUAAUGAUAUUUCUCUUCGCACAGAUAUGUUGGCUAUUUACAGAUGUAUCGGCAACAGAAUACUCCCUUAUAUGUUUACCUUGGACAGUUAGCAUUGGGCUGCUCAUCAGCGUCGUAUGGCGGUCUCUGCAUGCGACAAUGUCCAAAAUCUUGCCAUAUUUAGCCGAGCAGAAGAUCGAAGAUUUUAAAAGUAUGCAACGGAUUAUGUCCGCGGCUUGGGAACUGAUGGAAUAUCCGGGGAGAAAGAAGUUGGAGAAAACGCGGGAGAGGUUAGAAAAGUUAGCAGAGAUGCGACGAAGAAGGGGGUGGGAGAGGAGGGAACGAGAGUGGAGAAUGGUUGAUCAAUGGGAGCGGGUGAGGAAGAUGGAAUGGGAGAGUGAGAGUGAGAGGGAGUGGGAGAAGAGAGAGUGGGAGAGGGAGAGGGAGAGGAAGAUAAAAUGGGAGAGUGAGAGUGAAAGGGAAUGGGAGAGGGAGUGGGAGUGGGAGAGGGAGUGGGAGAAGGAGUGGGAGUGGGAAAGGAGGCAGUGGGAGUGGGAAAGGAAGCAGUGGGAGAGGAUUGAGGAUGAGAGAAGGGAGUAUAAAGAGAAGGAGCAAGAGAGAAGGGAGCAAGAGAGGAGUGAAUGGAGGAGGAGUGAACAGGAGAGGCUACGUAUAGAGAAGCAGACACAAUUCGUAUUUAAGGAGUGGAAUAGGAAAUUAGUCAAGGACCGGGAGUGUACAGAGCCGGAGAAGGUAGAGUUAGAGAGGAAGAAGUUGGAAGAGGAGUUGAAGAGGGCAGAGCGGGCGAUACGGGGGUUAUUAGAGCAGUGGAAUGAAAAAAUGAAGGAGGAGCGAGAGAAGAUAGAGCCUAUAAGAAGGAAUUUACAGGAAGAACGGGAGAGGAUAGAGCAGCAGAGGAUGGCAUGGGAGCAAGCAGAGUGGGACAGAAGAAAUUUAGAGAAGGUGCGAGAGAGGGCGGCUUGGGACCAAAUCUUCUCAGAGGAGGAGAUGCAGAAGAUAAGGCUAGGUGAUGUAGAGAGUAUAUUGCGGGGGCGUGAAAGAGUUGCUUGGACUGGGUUGUUCUCGAUAUUUGUACUCCUUGUUGUGGCUGUCUUGUCUGACAAUCCUUCCGGCUGGUACAUUUUUCUGUUAUCUUUCGGGCUGUAUUAUAUCCUACGAACUUUUCUCUUAUAGCGCUGACUACGUCUUGUAGGGUUAAUACGGGAAAGAAAUGAAAUGAAAAGCAAAGAUUGCUGCAGCAACUAGGAACCUG